UUUACAUGGACUGCCUGUCAUAUAAGUCAGCAUUGUGGGUACCAUGCUUUGCCUUAAUUAGGAAACAAAACUCAUCACACGUUCAUUCAAUAUUCUCAUCUUUAAACUGGAGGAGGAAUGGAGAUCAAAUCCAAUCUUCUAUUCAUAUUCAUCAUCCUAUUCCCUCUCAAUUAAUAGUAUUAAAGUCUCCUCCUCUUCUUCUUUCUUCUUCUUCUAGUUCAAUCCAAGUAGCCAGGUUCUUGAAUGCCCUUUCCCAGAAAAUUAAGUCUUCUUCUCCCCCACUCUCCACCACCUUCUACACCCCACUACAAAAUGCCUCUUUCACCUCCCUUCUAGAGUCCACGGCCCAGAAUCUCAGGGGCUUGGUCCUAUUCAACUCCAAAACCAAACCACAAGCCAUCUUCACUCCCUUGUGUGAAUCCCAUGUCCAAGCCGCAGUUGUCUGCGCUACAAACACUCCGCUUCACCUCAGAUUCAGGAGCGGAGGUCAUGACUACGAGGGACUCUCUUACAUCUCCCAGACUAAGGAUACCUUCGUCAUCGUCGAUCUCUCCAAGCUCCGUGGGGUCAACGUGAACAUAGACGACAACUCGGCUUGGGUCCAGGCUGGCGCCACAGUUGGGGAAUUGUAUUAUUGGGUUUCGGCUAAAAGCAAGGUCCAUGGGUUCCCAGCCGGACUCUGUUCCAGCUUGGGAAUUGGCGGGCAUAUCACAGGAGGAGCAUACGGAUCCAUCAUGAGAAAAUAUGGCCUGGCCGUGGACAAUGUUCUCGACGCUCAGCUCGUCGAUGCCACAGGAAGACUCCUUGAUAGGGAAGCCAUGGGAGAGGACCUGUUUUGGGCAAUCAGAGGAGGCGGGGGAGCCAGCUUCGGCGUAAUCCUGGCCUGGAAGCUAAAACUGGUUCCAGUCCCUGAAAAGGUGACCGUCUUCAACUUUACAAAGACACUCGAGCAAGGCGCGACAAGGAUUCUCCACCGAUGGCAGCAAGUCGCGCCCAAUCUCGACGAGGAUCUCUUCCUUAGGGUCUUAAUCAACAAGGCAAAUAAGACAAUCACCACUUCAUACAGUGCCAUGUUCCUCGGCGAAGCGGAUAGGCUUAUGGGGGUGAUCGAAAAAGGAUUCCCCGAGCUGGGCUUAACUCGAAAAGACUGCAUAGAGAUGAGCUGGAUCGAAUCGGUGGUAUACAUCGCGAGGUUACCCAUUGGGACUCAACCCGAGGCACUUCUUACGGGGAAGUCAUUGUCAAGGAGAUACUACAAGGCCAAAUCGGAUUUCGUCAGGGAGCCGAUACCAGAAUCCGGCUUGGAAGGCAUCUGGAAGAGGUUCAUGGAAGAGGAUACACCCUUCAUGAUAUGGAACCCAUACGGUGGCUUCAUGAACAGGAUCCCCGAGGCCCACACUCCUUUCCCAUACAGAAAGGGGACCAUGUUCAUGAUUCAGUACCUCACUUAUUGGCAAGACCCGAGCGAGGCAUCAUCCAGUAAGCAUAUCGAUUGGAUUCGGAAGCUCUACAACUACAUGGCUCAGUACGUAUCGAAGAAUCCAAGAGGAGCGUAUGUCAACUAUAGGGACCUGGACUUGGGGCAGAACAACAAGGAAGGAACCACUAACUUCACUCAGGCCAGCGGAUGGGGAACAAAGUACUUCAAAGACAACUUCAUUCGGUUGGUGAAGAUCAAGACGAAGGUCGAUCCCCACAACUUCUUCCGCCACGAGCAGAGCAUCCCUGUCCUACAAUAAAGCCCCAAUACAAUUUCUAUUGAUUUAAAAGUAUAUAUAUAUAUAUAUAUAUAUAACUGUUUGCUUGGGAUUCUGUGUAUCAAGAGAAUUUACUGAUGUUAUUAUGAUGGAUUGGAUUAUAACUCAAACCAACCUACUAAUAGGAUUGCUUACCCCAAUCCAUGUACAUAUAAAGAAAAUGAAAGCUCUCAUACUACAA